AUGAAGAUCGGUUCCGUGUGCUGGCUCGUAAUGCUGGUCAGUGUGGUCGAUGGUGCACCGACCGGAAGUGAUGGGUCGUCCUGUUCGCGGCUAGACUUUGAUCAGGCCGAGCUUCAGGCCCUCCGCAAGUGCGACUACAUGCAGGAGUUUAUCGCCAAACGGUACAACGCCUCGGAGCACUUCAAACCCUUCCGCGAGGAGGCCGAACACUACCUGUCCCAGCGAUGGCAAGGGCUCACCUGCGGUGAAACGGUCGCUACGUACCAGUUCAACAGCGAAACCGAACUGCGGAUGGCGUACAACCUUAUUUUUGACAGUGGCGCUACGCUGGAGGUGCGUGUUUACGACUGGAGUCGUCUGGACGCGGACGAUCAACCGACGUUGGUGGAGAAGUGGCGCACAUCGGUGUCCACCAAUGGGUGGGGUUUUUUUCGCGAGAAGCUCAAGAAUCCCGUACCCCAGGCAAGGAUUCAAAUAGAGGCGAAUAUUAACGCUGGCAGCGAUUUGGCGAUCGAGUACCUGUCGAUAUUCAACUACGAGGUGGAAACGGAUGAAUGUGAGGCGAUCGAUGAGUUUGCGACGACGAUCGCCACAACCAGCAGCGUCGUGACGACCACAACCACGGCACUUCCGGUGACUUCGACAACCCCGGAGAUAACAACGACAACAACGACUGAAAGCACGAGUUCCACGACUACGUCACAGGCGACGACAACCUCAACAACAACACAUCCGGUGACUACGACAACCCCGGUGAUAACGACAAGUUCCACGACUACGUCACAGGCGACGACGACCUCAACAACAACGAUGGUUAGUACCGCUUCUUCCAGCCCCAGCACUAUACCCGUUACUACGACGACAAAUGCGCCACGGGAUGACCCAUCAAUCACUCCUACCGUUACGCUGCCAUCCUCUACAACGGUGAAGCCAACGAACGGUCCGCAGCCUUUGACGACGUCCACCAGUUUGCCAGAAGAGGUCGUCCAUGUGAGCACUGCUCCUUGGCUCUGGAUGACACUGUCGGCUCUCUUUGGAGUGUUCUUUGUGGUUAGCCUCAGCGUGGCGAUCUACCUGUGCCGGGCAUCCCAACACCUGGAGCGGUUGGCUCGGCGUCUACUCAACGACGGCCAGAAGCAGCAGUACAAGCACUGAUCGCUUGCCGGUCGCCGGAGUGAAAACAUGAUCUCAUGUUUAAGUGUG